UAGUCGAGAUAUUGUAUAAAUAAAUAGUCAACAAAUCAACAACGUUCGCAAAUGUAAUAACAAAAAAAAAAAAUAAAAAAUACUUGUGUUAUUCAUACUUACAAAUAUACACAAAUCUAAAUAGAUAGUAUCGUACUUAGUGUAUUAAUAAUUUCUUACGUGCAUAAAGAUAUAAAUAUAAAAUAUAUAAAUAAAUAUAUCCGUUUAAAUAAAUAUUGAUUGUGUCUUUCAAAUUAUUACUUCCUAGUUACACUAAGAAAUUUUCGAAAAGUUUAAAAUGAUGUGAUUUGAUGAUUAAAUUAAGUGUUAAUUAUAAUAAUUUAAUCAAUUAAAUACAUACAUAUAAAUACAAAUUGUACGUUUAAAAAAAUAUAUUAUUAUUUUCCCAAAAAAAAAGUUCGUUGGAAAUUAUAAUCUCAGUUCAUUGAGAACGUACUAUACUUGAUACAUGCGAAUAAGUCCGUGUGUACGUGUUUUCUUCGCUGUGAAAUCAUCAAGUUAUUAAAAGCUUCAAAUGUUCUAAAGUGAUCCCGGCUGACAUUAGAAUUAUUUUAAAGCGGACAACGUUGUGCUUGUUUUAAUUAUUUCAUUUAUUUGUAAAUUGGCAUUUAUCAUUUUUAUUUCUGUCAAUAAAAACAACUAAAAGUGGAAAUGUUUGUAAACAAUUUGUUAAUUGUUUUGCCGGUUCUAACGCUGUUAAAUACGGUUGAGUCGAACGACAAAUUCGGACAGAUGGAUAUUUUACGACAUCCAAAUGCAAAUUUUAAUCAAAGCUUGAAAAGUGAAUUAAAAGCAAGACAUCGAAGAGACAAUGAAGACGAUGCUGAAAUUGGCUGGUCAAUAAUAAAUGAAGAAGUUGAUACAGUUAUUCCUUUGCUAUUGGAACAUUUGCAAAAACUUCAAAUAGAGCAUUUACAACUACCCGACAUUAAAGAGAAUCUCUCUGUGAAGCCCCUGUUCUUAACAUACGAAGCUGGACUUUAUCUUACAAAUGGAAUCGUGUACAAUGUUGCGGGUAUACAACGCUAUGGACCGGCAUAUAUGACUUAUGAGGAUAAAUCAUUUUUAACACGUUUUUAUUUGAAUAUAAAAAACUUACAGUUCGAAUACAACUUUUUGUUAAAACUCAUGGCCUUAGAAGGAUUUGGAAAAGUAAUUGGAUCUCUGGAGGACGUAGUAAUCUAUGCUGAAUUAGCGGUUGACAUUUUAACAUUUAAGAUGAAAUUAUACGAUUUUCGUGUUAUUCAAUUCAGAAAUAUUCAAGUGCAGUUGGAUCAAACACGAUUCAUUAGGCACUUGACCGGAGUAAUUUUAAGUCCUAUAACAAAUUUAUUCAAGGAUCGGAUUACUACAUCGAUAUCAGAUGGCCUUAAAGAUCAAAUGCAAAUGGUUAUGGAUGAUUUUAACAACGAGGAUCCUUUAGAAUUAAAAAAUUUCGUUAAACAAAUUCUAGGAGGAUUAACAGGUCAAAAGAAUUAAUGUUCUUUGAAAUGAGCGUUAAAUAUUGUUAUAUUAUUAUGCAUAAAUACGUUUUAUUGUGAUGUUUUAUUUUUGGUUAAAUACUUUACUUAAUAUAAGUUAAAAUGUACAUAAAUUUGUAAAUAUGUUCAGAAUUUAGGGGUACUAAAAACAAAAAGGGGAUUUUUAACUAUUUGUUAUUUCUUAUUGAUAAUGUAAUGUUAAUUUUGUCGUUUAAAUAAAGUCAUUGUGAAAUUUCA